GGCAAAUAAAAUAUUAAUGUAUAAAUAUUUAAACAUGGGAGCGUGAAUAAAACACGUCCUAAUAUAUAUAUGGAGUCGAUUAAAAUGUCGAGCAUCUAAAGAGUCAGCCCAUAAAUGUUAACCAUCUACAAUAAUAUACCACCCGACUAAUAGCAAUGGUACUAUACUCCCGCGAUAGACCGACGUGGACGCUCGCCGCCACAGCAUGUGAGAAGGACGACACAACGCUUGUGGACCAGGCUUUCUCAAAGGCCUCUCAGCUUGACGGUAUCAGCGAAGUCGAGCUGCUUCAUGAGUUUUGCGCACUCGCAGUCGAAAAGAAUGCGACAAAUGCCCUGACGCAUCUUAUCAAACAAGGUGCAAAUGUAAAGGCGUUAAAGUCAAGAGAAGUCGCAUGGCGUAGCCCAAGGACAAAACCAAUCCUCGAGAUCCUGUUCGCACACGGCUGGGACAUUAAUGCGCGCAAUGAUUUGGGACAUAGCUUCUCGGAUCCCGAACCCUUUAUGUGGAGUGUUGUCAAAGAUAUCGACCUGGUUACCUGGUGUCUAGAGCAUGGUGCGAGCGUGUUUCCAAGAGAUCAGGAGCCACUACGGGACGAUAUAAUCACUAUGUCCCAUCGCAAAUGCCAACAGGUACUCGAAAAGGCCGCACAGUCAGCCACUGUAGCGACGUUUGAGCUCCUGCGCUCCAAAGGGGCUCCCUUGGGUUGGCGUCCGCUGCAUUUCGCCAUCGAAACUACUACUCAUUAUCAGGCCGACCGCGGAGAAGAAGCCAACCGCGGCGAAGAAGAAGAUAAAAAGGCAAAAGAAAGCGCACGGAACUAUGAGGAGCGUAUGGCUAUGGUGCGCCACCUUGUUGACGUGGUCGGAAUCGACGUGAAUGCUCCUGAUCAACCACCGGGAAGAGAGCUGGGUGGUUUUUGGGGAACACCGAUCUGUUAUAUUGCUAAAUCCUAUGGGUUGGACACAGACACGCGCGAGCUGGCCUGGUUUCUGCUGGAUCGAGGCGCGGAUCCAACCCCCGCUCUUGACAUUGCGAAAUCCACUGAGCACGUCAAAUUCAUAGCUGACGUCGAGGCAUGGAGGGCAAAGCAGCCCGAUCGCCGCAAGUGUUGUGCUCUACAGUAGGCAAAGUGGGUUGAAUACCUGUGGCUGUCUUGUUCCCCAUUACUGAACAGGUCGUUUGUUGUAUAGAGUAACGCUCCUGUGCAAACCUCACGUAUAAACCCGGGAAGUCAGUG